AAAAUGGUAAAGCAGAAAACGAAAACAAACCACUACAGCCACACACUCAAAAAGCAACUGAAACUGGCAGAAGUGGAGAAAAUGGUCUGAGCUUAGCAGCGGUUUUGGUAGCAAUCAUCCAAAAAAAAAAAAAUGAAAAUGUUAACCUUUAGAUCUCAAUUCUACCAUUUAAGCUGCACUAAUUUUACCAAUUCUAGUUCAUGUCAUUCACUUUUGGUCCCCAUUUCAUACCUAAACCGCCCUGCGCAUUCAAAAAGUUCUGCAACCACUAAUCCAGGACAAGCCAUACGUUUCAUUGCAAAAUCUAAUGAUAUAAGCAAGCCUUUGGUACUAGAACUCAAACCCAAAUCCCAAAAUCCACCAAAGAAAGAGCUAUCCCAAUUCUUGACAGAUGGGAAUUCGAGGUGUUUGAUACUUGGAGCUGUUUCUGUAGGAUUGGUGCUGUUUCUAAUGGGGGCUGAUGACCAAAAAGCAUUAGCUUUUGGUCCUGAAGGUCCACUGGUUGAAGAGUUUUGGGACAAUGUGAGGAGGUAUGCGAUUUAUGCUCUAACAGUGAGUACAGGUGCUAUAUACACUAUCUUCCAGCCCAUACUCGAGUUGUUGAAGAACCCCAUCACUGCAAUUCUUAUAUUGACCAUUUUAGGAGGUGGGAUUUUCAUUGUUUCCCAAGUGCUUUCUGCUAUGGUUGGUUUCUCAGAUUUCUCUUAUGAUUAUGGUUAUUAGAUUGAUAGGUUUUCAUAUAUGCCAAAAAAAAAAAAAAAAGAGCUAGCUCCUUUUUCUGUCAUCUGGGAUUUUGAUAUCUUUUUAGUUCUAGCAUACUAAUUGAGGGCAGUCCGAAUAUUGUUCACUUAUCUUUUCAGCUUUAAGAUGUUAUGCUGAACCGUUAAUGUAAUUUCUGAGACGUUUAUUGCAAUCAAAUAUGCUUAAUUUCGGUGCA